GUGUGUGGCACAGCAGUCGUCGAUGCAGGCACCCUCAUCCGAAUACCAUAUCGCUACCGUGGAUUGACCUGAUAGAUCUAUUAUCCUAGCCCUGAUCAAGGGUCGUCCGUUCGUUCGUAUCGAAUACCAUCACACUCGUUUUUUGGGGAUUUUUUCUUCUUCUUCACGGCGACCGCGACGGACCAGCAGCACGAUGCACUAUAUCCCUUGGGGCCUUGCCCUCUGUGCAACUGCUGUGGUUGCCCAACAAUAUCAAGGUAACUCUAUCGCUGGCGCCCUGCCUGUUGUGCCUGGAGCAGAAGUAGCCUUCUUCAAGAUUGCAGAUCCAUCGGGCUUCAACGACGAGUUGACACUGGUGAAUUACUAUAGCCAUGGGACCGACGGCAAUCGAAUCGUGGAAAGCAAGAUCCAGAGAGUGGUCAUCGUCAUCCCUGGCCUGCUAAGAGACUGCAACAAUUAUGAGAACGAUAUGCUCAAUGCUCUCAAGCUCGCUACGGCUGCCGAUGCAAACAUCAACGUAGAUUCGGUAGCCGUCAUGACGACGUGUUUUCCGAACGGCAACGAUAAGAACUACAUGUAUCCUUGGACCGAUGGCCUGCCAGCGGGGCAAGGCUCCCAGAGCAAUGCACUUGUCUGGUCCGGAUCUCAGUGGGCAGGAGGGGCCACGAACCAAUAUCCCAGCAGCAGCACGAACAUUUCGUCCUUUGAGGUCCUGGACCAGUUGAUCUCGUACUUUGACGACACUACUGUUUUCCCCAACAUGAAACAGAUCGUCUUGGCAGGGCACAGCCUGGGCGGACAAAUGUUGCAACGCUAUGCCGCGGUGAGCACGGCGUCCUUCACCAAGCCCGUGACAUACUGGAUCGGAAACCCCGAUUCAUACGCAUGGCUGUCCACAGACCGUCCCUUGAGCACCGUCGGUUGCCCGGACUAUGACCACUACCGUGCCGGCUACACCAACUACGACUCCUACGCCGGUGGACUGCAAUACGGCUCAUCCCUCGUCGCAGCAGGUCGCGAAGCCAUCCUCGCCAACUUCAACACCAAACAAAUCGCCUACGCCCGCGCCCUUCUCGACCACGGAGACCGCAGCGCAGCAUGCGCACCCACCGCCACGGGAGCCGAUCGUCACGAGCGUUUCUUCUUCUACAUCUCCGCCUUCCCCCCUUCCUGUCCCGACCCGGCCUCGUCCAACUGCGACACAGUCGACCUCGUCAACGCCUCGCACGACAACGGCCAAAUGUUCCAAUCCCCCGCCGGAAUCGCCCGUCUCUUCACCGACAACUUCUACGGCGACCGCACGCGCGCCUACGAUUUCGGCUAUCCGCGCGCCCAAGCCGGCGACGACCCCUAUCCCAACCCGGCGUUCGCCGGCACCAGCGGACACACCAUCACCGGCAACUGGAACGGCUGGACCUAUCAAGGCUGUUGGACCAAUCAAGCCCCUCUGACGCCUCUCGCGCUCCCGACAUUAUUGUACGACAACACGGGCAAUAGCAUCGAAGGGUGCACGAGCGGAUGUCAAGGCUCCGGGUUCGCGAUUGCCGGUCUGCAGAAUGGAACGCAGUGUUUUUGUGGAAAUGCCUUGAGUGGUCAGAGUGCGGUCUUGAUUGUCGAUGGCGCUUGUCGCUUGCCUUGUCCGGGCAAUUUGGGCGAGGUGUGUGGAGGAUAUUCGCGCUUGUCGAUUUUUAGUGCUGCGUUUCCUGCGUUUGAGUGAGUUGAGUUGAGAGUGAUUUAUGGGAUAUAGGGUACAGAAUAGAGGAGGGGGAUUGGGGAUUGGGGGGAGGAUGUUUUGGGAGUGAGUGUACAUACUCUUCUUUUCAGGGUUGAAUAUGAUGGGGUAAAGGGGGUAAUGAUCUGCUUGCUGCGACAGAGGAACAAUAAGGUAAUCAGACAACAGAAGAGAAAUUAUCA